CGCAUUGAGCUUCAAUUAAGUUCAUAACGCAUGCUAAGCUAGAUUAGUGACAAUGAAAAGUUUAAUUGUUUUAGUUUCAAUUUUAUUUUUAUUUUCAAUAAUAAAUGAAGUGAGAAGUUAUAAAACUGAGAAUGAACUCGACUAUGAAUGUCCUGAGACAUGUCCGAAGAUUAUCGAUCCUCUUUGUGCAUUCGACGGAAAUAACAAAUUUAAAUAUUUUCACAAUGAAUGUUUGAUGAGAUAUAAUAAAUGUCGAAAUGGAAAUUCAUGGACACCAACUCACAUGACAUUGUGUCUGCACCAGAUAGAUCCGAUUAUCUUGGAAGAUUGUCUAAGACCGUGUCCAUUUAUUUACGAACCAGUUUGUGCUUCCAAUGGAGAACAUGUCGAAGUUUUUGGAAAUAGUUGCAUUUAUGAUAUGGAAAAUUGCUUCACAGAUAACAAAUGGAAACAAGUGAAAGUUAAUGAUUGCGGAUUCGAAGAGGAUUAAUUGAAUUGAUUAAGGGCAUUCAGAAACGUUUAAAUUUUCAAAAAAAAAAAAUAUAAACAUACCUUAAACCAUAUUAAAGAAUUAUUUUAAAUAAAUUUGGAUGUUGUUUUUUUAAA